GUCUCACAAGGGAAACACACACACAUUUACAGGUCGCUGAUAUUUUCACCCUUAUCCUGAAUCUUGAGUGACCACCGGUCCGGUCCACCAUGGGUCUCGUCUGGAUGGUGGCGGCCGCCGUGGCGGCGGUGCUGGCCUCGUGGGCGUUCAACGCGCUGGUGUACCUCGUGUGGAGGCCGCGGGCCAUCACCAGGCAGCUCCGCGCGCAGGGCGUCGGCGGGCCGGGCUACAGGUUCCUCGCCGGCAACCUCGCCGAGAUCAAGCGGCUCCGCGCCGACACCGCCGGCGCCGCGCUGGACGUCGGCAACCACGACUUCGUCCCCAUGGUCCAGCCGCACUUCCACAAAUGGAUCCCCAUCCACGGGCGCACGUUCCUGUACUGGUUCGGGGCGAGGCCGAGCCUGUGCGUGGCCGACGUGAACAUGGUGAAGCAGGUGCUCUCCGACCGCGGCGGGCUGUACCCCAAGAACCUCGGGAACCCGCACAUCGCCCGGCUGCUCGGCAAGGGGCUCGUGCUCACCGACGGCGACGACUGGAAGCGCCACCGCAAGGUCGUCCACCCGGCCUUCAACAUGGACAAGCUCAAGAUGAUGACGGUGACCAUGUCCGACUGUGCCGGGUCAAUGAUGUCGGAGUGGACGGCAAAGAUGGAGAAGGGGGGCAGCGUGGAGAUUGAGCUGAGCCACCAGUUCGAGGAGCUCACCGCGGAUGUCAUCUCUCACACGGCAUUCGGAAGCAGCUACGAACAAGGGAAAAAGGUCUUCCUCGCGCAGAAGGAGCUCCAGUUCCUUGCCUUCUCCACCGUAUUCAACGUGCAAAUCCCAGCAUUAAGGUACCUUCCAACCGAAAAGAACCUCAGGAUAUGGAAGCUUGACAAGGAGGUGAGGACCAUGCUGAUGAACAUCAUCAAAACCCGUCUUGCCACCAAAGACACCAUGGGCUACGGCAACGACCUGCUUGGGCUUAUGUUAGAGGCGUGCGCGGCAGAGGGUGGCCAUAAUCCGAUUUUGAGUAUGGACGAGAUCAUAGAUGAGUGCAAGACCUUCUUCUUUGCCGGGCAUGACACCAGCUCGCACCUGCUCACAUGGACCAUGUUCUUGCUGAGCACGCACCCCGAGUGGCAGGAGAAGCUCAGGGAGGAGGUGCUAAGAGAGUGUGGCAGUGAGGUUCCCACCGGUGACAUGCUCAACAAACUGCACUUGGUUAACAUGUUUCUACUGGAAACUCUCAGGUUAUACGCCCCUGUGUCGCUCAUUCAGAGGAAGGCGGGUUCGGAUCUUGAGGUUGGUGGCAUCAAAGUGCCUGAGGGCACGGUUUUGACGAUCCCCAUCGCGAUGAUCCAUCGUGACAAGGAGGUAUGGGGAGAAGAUGCCAACGAAUUCAAGCCUAUAAGGUUCGAGAAUGGAGUGACGAGGGCCGGAAAGCACCCCAAUGCCUUGUUGUCUUUCUCCAGUGGGCCGAGGUCAUGCAUUGGGCAGAACUUUGCAAUGAUAGAGGCCAAGGCUGUGAUCGCCGUGAUUCUUCAGAGAUUCUCAUUUUCCCUAUCACCUAAGUAUGUCCAUGCCCCAAUGGACGAGAAACUCAGGGAGGAGGUCCUACGAGAGUGUGGCAGUGAGGUACCUACCGGUGACAUGCUCAACAAACUGCACUUGGUCAACAUGUUCCUACUAGAAACUCUGAGGUUAUACGCCCCUGUGUCGCUCAUUCAGAGGAAUGCGGGUUCGGAUCUUGAGGUUGGUGGCAUCAAAGUGCCUGAGGGCAUGGUCCUAACGAUCCCCAUCGCGACGAUACAUCGUGACAAGGAGGUAUGGGGAGAAGAUGUCAACGAAUUCAAGCCUAUGAGGUUCGAGAAUGGAGUGACUAGGGCCGGAAAGCACCCCAAUGCCUUGUUGUCUUUCUCCAGUGGGCCGAGGUCGUGCAUAGGGCAGAACUUUGCAAUGAUCGAGGCCAAGGCUGUGAUCGCCGUGAUUAUUUAGAUGUUCUCAUUCUCCCUAUCACCGAAGUAUGUCCAUGCCCCCAUGGAUGUGAUCACGCUGCGGCCUAAGUACGGGCUCCCCAUGAUCAUCAAGAGCCUAGAGAUGUAGAAAAAGGUGUAUGGUGUUAAGUAUAACACAAGGUUUUUUGUAUUA